GGCCUCUUUUUGCGUUGGCACGUGUACGUGAAGGUUUACUGGUUCAGCGCUGAUCAGUUUUUGUUGAUAAUAAAUUGAUUAACUCGACCAGGAUUAACAAUUUAAAAUGGCAAGCUUGAAGACCGAUAACCCUGAGAAACCAGGACAGGAAGUCGCACCAGUUCAUCGUAUUCGUAUUACUUUGACAUCAAGGAACGUACGUUCUCUUGAAAAAGUAUGCUCUGAAUUGAUAAGCGGUGCCAAGAAACAGAAGCUCAAGGUAAAGGGACCAGUCCGCAUGCCGACCAAGAUCUUGAGAAUCACAACCCGUAAGACACCUUGUGGAGAAGGUUCCAAGACCUGGGAUCGCUUCCAAAUGCGAAUCCACAAACGAGUAAUUGAUCUUUACUCACCAUCUGAAAUCGUCAAGCAGAUUACCAGCAUCUCCAUCGAACCUGGUGUAGAGGUUGAGGUCACUAUUGCCAACGAUUAAUAAAUAAACUUAUUUGUACAAAACAAUGGUUUAAUAAAAACAAAUACCAAUUUAA